CUCCUGAAGUUCGGCCUAGCUUUGGUCUGAAUUGCCACGAGCCGACGAACCAUCUCCCGGGCCUGGAGUGGGCGCAGAAGCUUCCACAGGACGUCACGCGCAGCCAUGUACUGAGUGCUCACCGCCAACCCACAGCGGAGAUUCACAGCCCCGUUUUAUAGGCCUGGGAGUCGGCAUGCUGUGUGUUUGGGCUGCCCUCUUGUUCCUGCUGGUGCUCCAGGGCGGCUGGGGCUGCCAGGACAUCAUCUGCUACACUGAUUACCUCCAGACGGUCACCUGCAUCCUGGAAAUGUGGACCCUCCGCCCCGGCAUGCUCACCCUUACCUGGCAAGACCUGCAUGGAGAGGAGGACGGGGCCACCUCCUGCAGCCUCCAAAGGUCCACCCACAACGCCACGCAUGCCACGUACACGUGCCACAUGGAUGUGUUCCGCUUCAUGGCCGAUGACAUUUUCAGUGUCAACCUGACAGACCCAUCUGGCAACCACUCCCAGGAGUGCAGCAGCUUCCUCCUGGCUGACAGCAUCAAGCCGGCCCCCCCUUUCAACGUGACCGUGACCUUCUCGGGCAGCUACCACAUCUCCUGGCGCUCUGAUUACGAACACCCUUCCUUCUACGCGCUCAAGGGCAAGCUCCAGUAUGAACUCCAAUACAGGAACCGCGGAGACCCCUGGGCUCAGAGUCCGAGGAGAAAGCUGAUCAAGCUGGACUCUGGAAGUGUCUCCCUCCUCCCCUUGGAGUUCCGCAAAGGCUCCAGCUACGAGCUGCAGGUGCGGGCACGGCCCCAGCCCGGCUCCUUCUUCCAGGGGACCUGGAGCGAGUGGAGCGACCCCGUCAUUUUUCAGACCCAGCCGGAGGAGUUGAAGGCAGGCUGGGACCCUCACAUGCUGCUUCUCCUCCUCCUCAUCGUCCUCAUCCUUGUCUUCUGGAUCCUGAAAACCCAACCGACUUGGAGGCUGUGGAAGAAGGUAUGGCUGGUGCCCAGCCCCAAGCAGUUCUUCCAGCCCCUGUACGAGGCCCACAGAGGAGACUUCAAGAAAUGGGUGGGCUCACCCUUCACUGCCUCCAGUCUGGAGCUAGGACCCCGGGGCACAGGGGCACCCUCACCCCUGGAAGUGUUCCACUGCUCCUCACCGGGUCCGGCCAAGGGGCUGGAGCCCACAGAGCAGCCCGAGCUGGCGGACCCAGUGGAAUCGGAUGGCGUGCCUGAGCCCGGCGGCUGGGGCCCCACCACUGCGGGCGGCUCGGCUCACAGAGAGGAGGGGGCCCGGCCGUACGGCCUGGUGUCCAUCGACACAGUGACCGUGGUGGACGCAGAGGGGCCGUGCGCCUGGCCCUGCAGCUGCGAGGACGACGGCUACCCAACCCUGGACCUGGACGCUGGUCUGGAGCCCGGCCCGGGCCUGGAGGACCCACUCUUGGGCGCGGGGACCACAGUCCUCUCGUGCGGCUGCGUCUCGGCUGGUGGCCCUGGGCUGGGCAGUCUCCUGGACAGGCUAAAGCUGUCCCUCGCGGAUGAGGAGGGUUGGGCCGCCGGGCCGCCCUGGGGGGCCGGGCCGCCCAGUGGGGUGGCAGAGAGUGAGGCGGGCUCGCCCCUGGCCGGCCUGGACAUGGACACCUUUGACAGCGGCUUCGCGGGCUCUGACUGCGGCAGCCCCGUGGACUGCGACUUCGCCAACCCCAGGGACGAAGGGCCCCCGAGGAGCUACCUCCGCCAGUGGGUGGUCGCGGCACCCCCACUGUCGGGACCCGGGCCCCAGGCCAGCUAGGGAGGCUGCCUGGCCGUCCAGCACUGGCCAGAGAUGCGAUCCCCUGGGCCGUGGUGUGAAGGGACCGUCAGCCUCCGGUCUCCCUGAGGACCUCCGAGCUGGUGUCCACAGUGUGUGUGCACACAGACUUGUGGCUUCCACACGUGGGUGUAUCCGUGUGUGUGCACCGCGUG